AUGGCCACGAUCCUUCUGGAACUGACAGUCCCUGAGCUUGGGCAAGAGGAAACUGAGGCACAGGGAGGCGGGAUUGCCCUUCCUGGAGGCACGGGGCUGGUCCGUGAAGGGGGUGCGUGGGGGCGGGGAGGAAGGGCCUCCAAGACCUCCCCAGGACGAAUCAAGCAGAGUAACGGCCGCUCUGCCCCGCCCCCUUCCCAGACUACAUCUCCCAGGAGCCUCUGCUUCCGCCUUGCCCCCGCCUCGCCCCCCUCCCUUUGGACUACAUCUCCCAGGAGCCUCUGCUCCCACCUCGCCCCCCGGAAGGCCGCUCGGGUCAGCGGGGCUAUGAGAGCGAUGGCGGCGGCGGCGGCGACGGCGGCGGCGUGGGCCCAGCGGCUGGCGGGCGUGCGCGGGCUGCUGCUCGACGUCUCCGGAGUGCUCUACGACGGCGGCGAUGGCGGGGGCACGGCCAUUCCCGGCUCCGUCGAGGCCGUGGCCAGGAUCAAGCAGUCAGGCCUGAAGCUUCGGUUCUGCACAAAUGAAUCCCAGAAGUCUCGGGAUAAGUUUGUGGGAUUGCUUCAGCGUUUGGGAUUUGACAUCUCGGUGAAUGAAAUCACGUCUCCUGCCCCGGCUGCUUGCCAGAUUCUGAAGGAGCGAGGCCUGCGGCCCUAUCUCCUUGUUCAUGAUGAUGUCCUCCCUGAAUUCAAUGAGAUGGACACCUCAAAUCCAAACUGCGUUGUCAUUGCGGAUUCAGGGGACAGCUUUUCUUACCAAAAUGUGAACAAGGCCUUCCGAGUUCUCGUCAGCCUGGAAAAUCCUGUGCUCAUAUCCCUGGGAGAAGGACGCUACUACAAAGAGAGCGACGGCCUGAUGCUCGAUGUCGGCCCGUACGUGAAGGCCCUGGAGUACGCCUGUGAUAUCCGAGCUGAAGUGGUGGGAAAACCAGCCCCCGAGUUCUUCCAGGCGGCCUUAAGGGAAAUGGGCCUGGAGGCUCACGAGACCAUCAUGAUUGGAGAUGAUAUUGUGAGCGACGUCGGAGGGGCCCAGCGCUGUGGGAUAAGGGCGCUGCAGGUGCGCACAGGAAAGUUCAGGCCCUGCGAUGAACACCACCCUGAGGUGAAGGCGGAUGGCUAUGUGAAUGACCUGGCUGAAGCUGUGGACCUCAUCCUACAGUACGCCAACAAAUGACUGGAGCCUGCCAGGGCCCUAGAACCUCCGGGGCUCCCACUUGGCCUCUGGGCCUGGCCACCCCAUCCAUUCCCACAAUCAACCCCUCCCCAGCACAAGCCUAGGCAAGGCCCCACCUUCUGCCGUAGCUCCAGACCCCCAGGGACAGCCGCUCAGAGACUAACCUAUGAAAAGAAAGACAAGAACCCACCCCAGCUGCAAGUUUUCCCUUCUCAAAGUAUCUGAACCGACAGGACUCCUUUUUCCCACCAGGCUCUGUCUGUGACUGCAGCCCACAGGGUAAAGAGAUUGCUGUUUCUCCGGGGGGGCUUUUGGUUGAUGUGCCCCGGCCAAACUCGGGCCUUCUCCAGGAGUUGUCCCUGGUUCCACUGGGAGCCCUUCCCUCCCAACAGGUGCCCUGGAACUCAGGCCUAGUGAGGAUUUUUAAUCAUUUCACUCCAGUGUUUCCUGGCCUGGAAUGUUUCUAUUGGUUGUGAUCAAAAGAACCCCGUGAACCUUGGGUGACCCCCCCCAUUAUAGGAUGCCCAAUGGUCCCCCACCCUCACCCCACCCUCACCCCAUCCUGCAAUCAUGUCCAGAGGAGGAAUUUCCCUUCCCGGGCUUCUUGGAGUACUUGGGGAUUUCUCAUUAUCCCGGGCCCUAUGCAUGAGUGCCUGGGGGCUGCUCUUCUUGCCCUCCCAGGGCUGAGGGAUGUGCCUACAUGCCUGGUGGCCGGACCUGUCAUCUGCAGGCUUUCCUAGUGUUUCAGAGGCCUCCCAGCCAGGGCUGACCUGGCCCUCAGGGUGGCCGAGGGCAGCCAGGCUGCUGGGACGCCAGGCCUGGUGCUUGAGGAGUCCUACUGACCGUACUUAACCUUCACUGACCAAACCAGCUGCCCCGAUAAUUCCACUUAUGAGUCUCAAUGAAUAAGGAUAAAUAAAUGACACCCCAUGCUUCCUAAA